AUGUCACAAUGGCCAGCUAAUCAAACCAGAAGUUUCAGGGAUGAGGAGGCAAAGUUUAAGCUGUGUAAGGUUCGAUCAGUACAGUUUGGACAGAAGGGCAAGCCAUACCUGAAUACCUAUGAUGGUCAUACCAUUCGUUACCCAGACCCACUCAUCAAGGCCAAUGACACCAUCAAACUUGACCUGGAGAACAACAAGAUUACUGAAUUCAUCAAGUUUGAUGUUGGGAAUGUUGUCAUGGUGACUGGGGGAAGGAACAGAGGUUGGGUUGGAGUAAUCAAGAAUAGAGAGAAACAUAAGGGAAGCUUUGAGACCAUCCAUGUCCAAGAUGCCACAGGUCACGAGUUUGCUACUCGUCUUG